CGGCGGGACCGGGAGUUUGCGCGGCGUUUCCCGGAGCGGCCCCGGGGCGCUGCUGCUGGAGCUCUGUCCUGCCGCUGUUCCCGCAACCCUUCGUGCCAGAUUUAUUUUGAAGAGAAAUGGAGUUUGUAAUCUUCUUAGGAGAAUAGAGAACUCAGAGGAUCAAUGUUUUAAUGCUUUUAUGAUAUGGAAGAAUAAUCUUUGAAACUUAUCAAGUAAAAGUCAAGGCUUAAUUUUCCAGAGUUUAUAAAAGCUGCCUACUGGACAUCAUGAGUUCAUCCUCUCCAGUCAACUGCUCUGUCACAGAAACUAAAAGCUUACAUAAUGUGGCGUGUGAGUUACUCCAGAAUAACAGUGAAUCAGAUUUGGAUGCUGUUUUAGAUCUGAGAUGGAAACUUCUUCAAGCUAAAGCAGAAAAUUUAGACUUAACUAUUCAACACAAUCAAGAGGUGUCCAACUAUGAAAGCCAGAUAAUCAAAUUACGGUCGGAAUUUGAGAGAGGAGAGGCCGUUCGACAAAGUCUGGAGUAUGAAUUGGCAGUUGCAAGAAAAGAUGCCCAUCUGAAAAUGUGUACUGCAGAAGAAGAAUUAAGUGAUGCGAAAAACAAACUUGUGGAGCUGCAAGUACUCAAUGAAAACCUUCGGCAGAAAGCGACGGAGACUGAGAAAAUAUUUCAUAAUGCUCAGCAGAAGUGGGAAGAAGAACAACAAAGACUUUCAAGGGCAAAGGAUGAUAUCAGCAGAAUUUACAACAAUGAAUACAUAUUUCUUCUUAAGGAAAGAAAUAAAGUAGAAAGGAUUUUGCUGGAGCUGAAUAAUGAACUGCAAAAUAUACGCAAGAAGUUGAGAGAUGUGGAGGUGGAACACAGUGGCUGUAGUGAGGUGCUGAGAUGCCAGGCCCGUGAACUUAAAUGCAGCACUGAACGAGAGAAGCAACUUAAAAAGGAACUCGAAGUAAGGCUUUUUCACUAUUGCUAUUAGGCUCAACAGGCAUUGACACUGAACAAUUUAAUUUUUGAGGGAUGGAACCUUCCAGUUAGGCUAUGAAUUCUGUCUACUUGAUGAGGAAAAUGUUGAGCGUUGGUUUUGCAGAAAAGGCUGAAGAGGUGAAUGCCACUUACACUGUGAGCCUGACUUGAGACUGGUGUUUGAACAGCAGAUGGGAAAAGUUUUAUUGUAAACAUGAAAACAAGGCUAACUUUACUUCAGGAAGUCUGUACAUUUCCCCUGACCUCUUAAUUUGUCUAUCUUGUCUUUUUGGUUUAUUGGAUUUGCAGUGGAGAAUCUGCUGAAGCUGAGAAAAUUGCUAGAUGAUGUGCUAGGUGAGGGAAUAGCAUACUGGAAGAUCACAGUGGUGUUACAUUAGCCUCUUCUUAUCUGGAGUUAACUGCUACAGGUAGUUUUAGUUUUCCUGUCUGUUGAGUGACACCUAAUGCUGAGAAGUCUCAAGUCUUUGAGAAUAAUAUCUUGAAGCGUGCUCCUUAUAAUAAACUGCUAGUUUUCUCCUAGGUUUCAACAUUUUGUUUGUCCACUUAGAGGCUUUGUAAUGUCUGUGUUAUCUGUAUGUACAAUCUGGUUCAAGACUUUCUUGGUAGAACAUUUGUCAUUGCAGAAAAGUAUAGUGACUGGAUGAUUCUUUAUCCUUAUGUAUGUUUUCUACUAAGACAUAUUUAAAUAUUUUCUGCAAUGAAUUUUAAGGAACUAUCACUUGCAGAAUUUAAGGAGCCCUUAAAGUAACAAGUGACAUAGUUUUCAGCAGUGUUUGCUUUCUGUUGUUUUUCUCUUAAAGGCAAAAGAAGUGUUUAAAGCAUUGAUUUCUAGGUAGGUAGAGUCCUGCAUUGAAGCUGAAGUACAAAAGAAAAUUCCUACAGGGAAGAUCAAAGCUCAUCAGCUAAAACCACUGACUUAUUGACCAACAAGGUAGACCUUUGUGCCCUCAAAGAGUUCUACUGGAAAUCUAUUGUCAUAUAUUGUGAUCUACACAUAUUGGCCUAGGUGGAAUUGCCUUCAGCUGGAAAGUGCUGCGUACUGGCGGGUUCCAAUGACCCUUUUUGAAAAACAAAGAGUUUUGCUUCCAAAUACUCGAAUAAGGGCUCUUCUUGUGACUUCGUGGCUUUUAAUAUACUAGCAUAGGAAUCAUGAGCUGAAAGGAGGAGGAGCAAGGCAGCAAAUUAUUUAUCUUUCUAAAUAUUUUGAUUGAAUGUACCCACCAUCUGUAAAUUUGAAAAGACAGCACUCAGUUUUUUGAAAAUGUACAACUGCUAUACCCUAAAGAUGGUCAUAUCAGGGAAUGUUACCUAUUAACCCAUAAUCUGA